AUGGUUCCUCCCCCCAAGAAGUUCGAGGAAAGCGAGGAGGAAGAGUCCUCCGAGCUCGAGGAGAGCAGCGGAGAAGAGGUGACCGGGCUGGGGGUGGUGAAGUCAGAAAUGAUCCCUCAGAAGAAACAGAAAGUUGCAGUUACCCCAGCCAAGAAGGCAGCUACCCCUGCAAAGAAGGUGGCCACUCCUGCAAAAAAGGCAGUUACCCCUGCCAAGAAGCCUGUGGCUACUCCAGCUAAAAAAGCUGUUGUUCCAUCACCUAAAAAGGCUGCUGUGCUCACUAAAGGAGCAAAGAAUGGAAAGAAUGCCAAGAAGGAAGAAAGUGAGGAGGAAGAUGAAGAUGAUGAUGAUGAAGAUGAUGAUGAUGAGGAGGAUGAUGAUGAAGAGGAUGAUUCUGGAGAGCCUGCAGCCAAAAAGCCUGUGGCUUUACCAGCCAAAAAGCCUGCAGUUGUGGUAGCAAAGCAGGAGUCUGAAGAAGAGGAUGAUGAUGAAGAGGAUGAUGAUGAAGAGGAAGAUGAUGAAUCUGAAGAUGAAGUCAUGGACACAACCCCUGUUCAGGUGAAGAAAGCUACUCCAGCAAAGGCUGCCCCAGUGAAAGCCAAGGCAGAAUCUGAAGAUGAGGAAGAUGAAGAGGAUGAUGAAGAUGAUGAGGAUGAAGAUGAGGAGGAGGAUGAAGAGGAUGCUGAGGAGGAAAGUGAAGAUGAAAAGCCUGUCAAGGAAGCACCUGGAAAGAGGAAGAAAGAAAUGACCAAUAAAAGUGCACCAGAGGCCAAGAAAAAGAAAACAGAGGUGAAAGGGCCCGUGUCAGCUUUCUCCCUCUUUGUGGGAAAUUUAGUCCCCACCAAGGAGUAUGAAGAACUGAAGACUGGCAUCAGAGAAUUCUUUGGGAAGAAGAAUAUUGAGGUUUUAGAUGUCAGAAUUGGUUCUUCCAAGAAAUUCGGCUACGUAGACUUCUCAUCUGGUGAAGACCUGGAUAAAGCUCUCCAAAUGAAUGGGAAGAAGUUAAUGGGUUGUGAAAUCAAACUGGAAAAGGCAAAGAGCAAAGAAACGAUGAAAGAAGAUAAGAAAGAGAGAGAUGCUAGAACCCUGUUUGUGAAGAACCUGCCUUACCGCGUCACUGAGGAGGAGAUGAGAGACGUGUUUGAAAACGCAGCAGAAGUGCGGAUGGUCAUGAACAAGGAGGGCACCAGCAGAGGGAUGGCCUAUAUUGAAUUUAAAACAGAAGCUGAUGCAAAUAAAGCUCUGGAGGAGAAGCAGGGCACAGAAAUUAAUGGUCGUACCAUUAUCAUUGACUUCACUGGUGAGAAGAGCAAUCAAGAACAUCAGAAAGGAUUUAAUUUUACUUGGAGUGGAGAGUCAAAGACCCUAAUUGUCAACAACCUUGCAUAUGCUGCUUCAGAAGAAAGUCUUCAAGAAGUGUUUAAGAAGGCUUCUUCCAUCAAGUUGCCACAGAACAACCAGGGCAGGCCUAAAGGGUAUGCAUUUGUAGAAUUCCCCACAGCUGAGGAUGCCAGAGAGGCAUUGAAUUCCUAUAACAACACAGAGAUUGAAGGCAGAACAAUCAGGCUGGAAUUCAGUUCACCAUCAUGGCAGAAGGGGACCAUGAAUGCAAGAGGAGGAUUUAAUCAACAAAGCAAAACAUUGUUUGUCAGAGGCCUUUCUGAGGACACCACAGAAGAGACGCUAAGAGAAUCAUUUGAAGGCUCUAUCAGUGCUAGAAUAGUCACAGACAGAGACACCGGGUCAUCUAAAGGGUUUGGGUUUGUAGACUUCAGCUCCCCAGAAGAUGCCAAAGCAGCUAAAGAAGCCAUGGAAGAUGGAGAGAUAGAUGGAAACAAAGUAAUCCUGGAUUUUGCCAAACCAAAGGGUGAAUUUCAACGUGGCGGCGGAUUUGGCGGUGGAUUUGGAGGCAGAGGUGGUGGCAGAGGCGGAGGCCGGGGAGGAAGAGGUGGAUUUGGAGGCAGAGGUGGUGGCAGAGGAUUUGGAGGUAGAGGAGGUGGCUUCCGAGGAGGUAGAGGAGGAGGUGGAGAUCACAAGCCACAAGGGAAGAAGAUAAAGUUUGAAUAAACUUCCCUUUUCCUUUCCCUUCUGCUCUCUGAGACUAUCUGAAAGGACUCCGGGGGUUUUUAUUCUCCUUUUACCUUGGCGGAGCCUUCGGAGGACAUUCCAAGAUGCAAAGCAGUUCUGUGAGCCACUUGGAAGACACAACUUUCAUUUCAAGGAAGAGAGAGCAAGCCAUUUUGACUGCUUGCCUAUUCAAAGAACUUUUUAAAAAAAAAAAACAACAAAAAAAAAGAGCGAUAGAUGUGGGAAUUUACCCCUUGUCUGUGAGUUGUCUUGAAUUUAUAAUGUUUUACCCAUGUACAAAUUUUUUUUUUCCCUAUAAACUUCCAUAGCAUUUUUGCUGUAAAAAUGCAGAAUGUUUUAUCAUUUGUGCUUCAGCACCCUGUCUUGGACAGAUUAAAGGACCUAAACUGG